AUUCAUUUGACAAUGAAUUCUACACGACAAUUCAUUUUAUUUCUAAAGAUUUGAAUAUGACAUACCAAACACAAGAUUUCAUUUAACAAUAGAUUCUAAAUAGUAAUUCAUUUUACAAUGAAACGAAUUCUCGAUUCAUUUGGGACCAAACACCUGUAAAAGGUCAAACUAGAAGAUGCUUAUGCAAAAUCUACAACAUGGCCAAACUGAGCCAAUGUCUUGUGGGUCAACUGACCAUUUGUUAGGUAGAGCCCAUUAAUGGGGAAAACUAAUUCGAGCCCAUUAAUGCGGAAAACAGAGUUGGUCUAGCCCUGUUCUCUAGGGCAUCAGUGGAACUAAAUAUGGGCCGUGAUCCGUGACAGGCCGGGAAGGAAUAUCCUAUCACGAAAUGCCCCCAAAGACCACCGCCGCACGUGACUUGCACCUGACUUGAAAAUCUAGCGUAAAAUGGCCGAGAUGCUUUCUCCAAAAGAAUGCAGGACACAUCCACCUCUACCGUCCGAUCACCUUCCACGUCACCAAUCCCUGUCGGUUCUCUUCCAACGGCUGAGAUCGAAGUCAGUGAACGAAGAAGCUCCUCACUCCGUAUUUCACGAAAUUUCAAUUGUUUCCCGGGAAACAAAUUACGGUAUUCCGCGGCUUGAAGUUCUCUCACGAAUCGGCGUAGCUGGAAAUGAAAAUGACUGGACCGGAAGGAAAAGCUUUGAAUGGGGAAGAGAAGGAAGAGGUGAUAGCGAUUUCGACGGAUGAUGACAGCGGCGGUGACGAUGACGACACUGUGAAGGCCUUGGAUUCCUCCGGCGGGCAAGCCGUUCAUUCAGUGGAAGACGAAGAGGAGGGAGACGAGAGCGAGAAUGAAGACGAGCAAGCCGAAGGCGUUGAGGAUGACGGUUCCGAGCAGGCGUUGAACUCCUCCGGCGAGCCAGCUAUACAGUUAGACGAAACUGAAGAGGGAGACGACGACGGAGUGGAUGACGAAGGCGUGCAUGUAGAGCGUUCGGGAAGUGACUUCGAGCCCCAGGAAAAUGGUGAGGUGGAUGACGACGACGGCGAUGAUGAGGAGGAAGAUCCUACUGGUCCAGCAAAGCGGCAACGAUUAAGCAAGGAUGAGAUCGGAGAAGAUGAUGAGGACAACGAGAGCCCACCGAAGCGAUAGAGGCCGGUGUUUGGAGCACUAUGAGUCUGUGACCAAGUUUAACUUUGAUGGGUCAAUCUCACUUUCCUUACCCACUUUUUCUUUCUUUCUACAAAGCAGUUUGUUUUUGCACAUCUUCAUUGGAGUUCUGUUUCUGUGCAGGGAGGAGGGGGUUUCCACUUUCCAGACUUCUCGAAUAACACUGCAUCGGUGAGAAAGAAAGACCUGUGCAAUGUGGUUUCCUUCAUUAGAUGCUUGCUUUGUAAAAUUCAGAGAUAUGCUUCAGUUGGAAGCUUUAGAUUAGUUGUUUUCCUUGAUGGACAAAGAACUAAUCUUCUCUUAUUGCAAGAAACAAGAACUACCCCGUUAUUGUGCUUUUAGGUUGGUAAUUGGUUUAUGGAUUUGGUAUUGUUUUCAGAUUUGAUGAUCAAUGCAUUUGACUUGCUUAUUAUUGGCCAGCUGAUGAUAAAGUUGACCAUUUGAAUCUAAUUCAUCAGUAUAAUUAGUCCACUACAAAAUUAAUAAUUUGAUAUCCAUAUUUUAUUUUCUUAUGAACAUAUCAUAAAAAUUACAUUUUGCUAUCUAAAAUUCUUAUGAUGACAUUUUGUACUAUUCUUUUUUAAAUUUUCACGAUAGGCCAAAGUUCAAUCGACACUUAGAUCAAUGAGUCUAAUGAUUUAUGAAUUCGAUGAGUCCAUAUUUUAUUUUUUUAAGAACAUCCUAACCAUAACACUAUGUUUGGGAAGGGGUGCAAAUGGAAGGGGGUGCAAGUUUGGAGGGGUAAACACAAGUUCCAAGGUGUUUACCCCCGUUUGGUUAUUUUGUAACAGUAGGGGGGUGCAAAACGUGAGCGUAAAUUCACUGUUUCGGCUUACCCCCCAAAUUGGGGUGCAAGGAAAGGAAGGAAGGGAGGGGGAAGGAGGAGGAGGGGAAUUAUGAAUUUUUAAUUAGAUUAUAAUUACAUAAUAAUUAAUAUUAUUAAUUUUUUCUUAUAUCUAUAUUAGUGUAGAAGUUGUUUGGGGUUGACCGUUUGACUAAGAGAGCAAGUUUGUCAAUGUUCGCCUCGUCAAAUCGAUAUCUCUUAGUUGACCCGAAUUUGCAUUGAAAAUUAGAGAUAAGAAGCAUUUGUUGAAAAGAUAGAGAGGAACAGUUUAGUUAACUCGAUUUACUUUAAUAAGUAGUUAAAACUUACAGAUUCGAACGUGUUUGACUAAGUUUGACCAUAUUCAAUUUAAAGUUAGGCACGAGAACCCCCUUAGGAUGACCAGUUACGAGUUGGAUUUCGAGUUUCGAGGUUGCUCGACCAAUGAUUAUUAUUGUUGUUAUAAAUAAUUAUAUUUGAGCAUUAUUAUAUAAUAAUUAUUUUUAUUAAAAUUAUUUUUAUUUAUUAUUUUUAUUAUUAUAUAUUGAAUUUUCAUGUUAUUAUUUUGUGAUAAUAUUUUAUAAAUUGAUAAAUCUAUU